GUUCAUGCCGUCACACGCUGGUUUGUGUUUCACCCGUUGCAGUCCUAGACUGCUCAACCUCGCGUCAAGGGGAGUCGGAGUUAGCAGUAAGAAGUGCAUCGUUCCACUUCGUAAAAGUGCUGCAAGAAAGCCUUGCAAAAAAGUUGUGAAACGCAGAAUUGACGGGCUGAAGGUGGCGGCUCCUCACAAGGCGAGGAAGAUGCAUGAAGGGUCUCCAUGUGUUGAAGCUGAGGAAAGCCGUGGGUUGGCUCCAGCAGAGAGUCCUGUUAUGCGGAGAAGUAACCGUUCUACUGUCUGGGAGGUUCUUGAAGGGCGCAUUGUUGAGAUCUGCCCAACCAUGGGUGUGAUGAGGCUCGCGAGUUGUGGAGUGCCAAUCCGGCGUAGUCGUAGACUCGCUGGCACUGCGAUGACGAAGCGCGGAAAUGCAGCCACUCGGCAGCUCUACUUGGUCCAUGAAGUCGUUGCGGAUUAUAGGAAAUGCCUCGGUUACUCAUUGUUCAUGAAGGACUUCCCCUCGUGCGAACUGAAGAUGCUGUUCGAGCGCAGUUUUUUCCAUGGGAGCAGUAUGCAUUGCGCUACUUUAUGUGUAUUUGAGGAAGAGGCGAGCAAGUCCCGACCAGUCGUGCUCGGUUCCUGUCUCUACCGUUACGACUCGGUGGCUCGAGAUGCCAUGAUUUUGCUCUUCGCCACCGCUGAUGAAUUGAGGUUUAAACGAAGUCGUUCCACGUUCUCCUCCAGAGGGCAGGGCUUCGGUCGGCUCCUGGAUCGCAUGCUGUGUGUAUGGUUGAGAGAACAUCGGGAGUGUCGAUCAGUCUACGUCGAGAUGCAAGAUGAGACUGUGGCAAAGUUUUGGGCUAAGCUUGGG